AUGAGUCGUGGUAUGAGCUUGCUCAAUGCGAGCUAUAUGCCACAAGAUCCUUAUUUCCCCCAGGUAGAACCCCAAGGACCAAGCUUCCUGGACACAUCGGCAUGUCUAUGUGCGUUUCGGACGAUCAAUGGUAGUGCCUCAGCGGCAGCAUGGCAUUGCAUUGGAAAUCAGACCGAAGGUGUAUACACGGUCAACACGGGAAGAUGGUUCAACCCUCUCCACGCAGCAACCAACCUCAACGGAUCCAUUGACGAUGCCUCCAACGGCCCAAACACCGAAAAAUCGCUGAGAUUCAACUCUGGUUCAUUAACCGAGUCGACAAACGACGAUGGAUUGAGCGUAUGGGACCGCGCCUGUACCGGUAAAAACAACACGCAGUUUUCGACCACGUUCUACGCAGCAUCGAAAGAACUAGACGAGGACAAACAGCCAAUUAGUGCCAUCCCGUGUUACAGAGAGGGAGCUGUUCCCAUCCAUAUUCAAGACGUCGAUGACUGGAAGGCCAAUGGAUGCAGCCCAGGAUUUCUGUGCCAAAAUAACACUGUUAAUUCACUGCCACAGUAUUGCCCGCCCCGCAAUGAGUGUCAGAUGGCGAGACUGGCAUCCAUAACAUGCCAGUGGAAUGGUGAAAACUUCCCAAUGGGCCCAUUUGAGCCCGUCGUCUGCCAAGCCGGAUACUACUGCCCAAAGCCCGGCACCGAGAAGAUUCUGUGCCCGAAAGGCACAUAUUGCCAACCCGGCGCCGUCACUCCGACCCCGUGUUUGGUUGGCAGUAGCUGCGCGGCCGGUUCCUCGUAUGAGGUUUUCCUCAUCCCCUUUGCCAUUCUCUUUAUCGUCGACAUCUUGGUCAUCGCUGGGGUUUUGAUUCAUGGACUCCGCAAGCGUGCCAGCCGGAACCGCGCGGAGCUUGCCCGGGGGCCGACCGUCAAGCAUACCGGAAUGGGCAGUGUAAGGGCGCAGAUCACCGGGUACCGGGCGAUCAACGAUGAGACCGAUCAUGAGAUGCUCCCCAUGAACCCGACAUACGCCCCCCCUCGUCGUGCCGAGACGUAUGGCGGAGGUUUCGAGGCCGCACUCGACUACAACCAUCAGAUGUCGCCCAACUCCCAGCCAAAAGAGCAGAUGGACCCUCAGCUUGUCGCCUUCGUUGAAUCCAUGCGCCGCGCGACCGAUGCCACCAACCUUGGUCUGUCCUUCAGCUAUUCUGACCUGUGCUUUCAGCCGAGGGGCAGUAAGAAGAUGAUUCUGCAAAACGUCACUGGCUCUAUCAACCGUGGAACUUUGACGGCGGUCAUGGGAGGAUCCGGGGCUGGCAAGUCGACCUUUGUCAACGUGCUCAUGGGCAAGACGAAGAACACGGGCGGAGUGGUCGCCGUCAACAGCAGCCCCGACAAGCUGCUGCGCUACAAAAAGGUCAUCGGAUACGUGCCCCAAGAUGACAUCGUCCUGCCGGAGCUCACCGUCUACGAGAACAUCAUCCACGCCGCAAAGAUCCGCUUGCCGAGGAGUUGGUCAAACGCCGAAAUCGAGGCCCACGUAACAAACGUCAUUGAUUGUCUGGAACUCUCGCAUGUGCGGGACUCGAUGGUGGGAACGGUCGGAAGACCCGUCAUCAGUGGAGGACAGCGCAAGCGUGUCAGUAUCGGCAUGGAGCUGGCAUCCGCACCCAUGGCCAUCUUCCUCGACGAGCCUACCAGUGGUCUCGACGCCACGGCGGCUUCAUCCAUGAUGCGGACUCUGAAAGCCGUCGCCCGUCUCGGAAUCACCGUCAUCGUCAUCAUCCACCAGCCGCGCUCAGAAAUCUUCCAGCUAUUCGACAACCUCAUCCUCCUCGGAAACGGACAGACCAUCUACGAGGGACCCCAGGCUGAUGUGCAGGGCUACUUUGAAAACAACGGUUUCCAUUUCCCCGAGCACAGCAACCACGGAGAUGUAAUCACCGACAUCAUCACUGGCAACGGACGCGAUUACAAACAAAACGGCGAGAUAUCCAAGAGGUCGCUGAUUGCGAACUGGGCAGACCAUCACCGGUUUCAAAGGACGCUUGGCAGCAAGGAGGGCCACACUUCGGUGAUGAUGAACAGCAGCGGAAUGCACGCCGCGAUCAAGAACCGUGGCGCGCCCUUCUUCAAGCAGCUGUGGCUCUGCCUGCGCCGAGCGAUGCUGCAGCAGUACCGCGCAAAGUCGGCCUUCUGGGCGGAGAUGGGCCUGGCGGCGCUCGCCGGUUUCCUCCUCGGCCUGGCCGAGAACUCCAAGAGGGGCAUCCUGUUCGUCGGCACCUUCAAGGCGCCGUACACUAUCCUGUCGACGGCCGUCGAUUUCAAGUCUGCACCCGAGCUGGCUCUGCUCAUCGCCAUCGCCGUCGGCCUGAUAUCGGGCGCCCCCGGCGUCAAAUCCUUCUCGGAAGAGUUGCUCAUCCACCGCCGCGAGGCAGAAGCGGGACACAACCGGCUCGCGUACUUCAUCGCCAAGAUCGUCUCCGUCUUCCCGCGCAUGUUCUUUGGGUGCCUGCACCUGUCCACCUUCAUGUUCCUGUUGUCGGUGCCGGUGAUCAACUGGGGCCUCGCGUUCCUGGCCAACCUCUUGUACUUUUACUGCAUCUACGGCCUCGCCAACAUUGUCAGCAUGGUCGUCCGGCGCGAGGAUGCGCCGCUGUUGGCGACCAUGGUCGGCCUCAUCACCGCCAUGUUGUCCGGAGCCGCGCCGCCGCUGGCAAAGGUCAAGGAGUGGCACCUCGAGUGGCUCUGGCGUGCUUCGCCCGGUGUGUGGCUGGCCGAGAUCUACUUUGGCCAACUCGUGGCGCCGUUCGCUGAUAUUUACGACGUGGAUCAGGCUGCUGAGCUUACUGGAUUCCACUUGCACUGGCUUCGCCGAAACCUGGGUAUUUUGGUGCUGAUUGGUACUAUUUACAGGAUAAUAGCGUUUAUUGGAUUAUGGGCUCUUGGGCAUCGCCGGCGCAGUUGA